AUGCAGAUGUGGAAAGCAGCCGUGGGACAUGACGUGUCAGUGAAGGUUGAGGCUCAGGGAGACGACUGGGACACUGACCCUGACUUCGUGAACGACAUCUCCGAGAAGGAGCAGCGCUGGGGAGCGAAAACCGUCGAGGGCUCCGGCCGCGCCGAGCACAUCGACAUCCACCAGCUGAGGAACAAGGUGUCAGAGGAACAUGAAGUCACCAAGAAGAAGGAGCUGGAGACUGGCCCCAAGGCCUCCUAUGGUUAUGGAGGCAAAUUUGGAACAGAGAGGGACCGAAUGGAUAAGUGUGCAGUGGGCCACGAGUACAUUGCCAAUGUUGGGAAGCACUCCUCGCAGACAGAUGCAGCCCAAGGCUUUGGGGGGAAGUAUGGCAUCCAGCGGGACCGGGCUGACAAGUCAGCACUGGGGUUUGAAUACAAAGGAGAGGUGGAGAAACACUCCUCCCAGAAAGAUUACUCCAAGGGUUUUGGUGGCCGUUAUGGUUUGGAGAGGGAUAAGGUGGACAAAACGGCGGUGGGAUUCGACUACAAGAGCCAGGCCGAAAAGCACGACUCUCAGAAAGACUAUUCUGUGGGCUUUGGGGGGAAAUUUGGGGUCCAGAGAGAUCGUCAGGACAAGAGUGCCCUUGGCUGGGACCAUCAGGAGGAAGUGCAGCCUCAUGCAUCCCAAACAGACUAUGCCAAGGGAUUUGGAGGUUGUUACGGGGUCCAGAAGGACAGAGUUGAUCAGAGUGCUGCUGGCUUCAGUGAGAUGGCUGCUCCCACCUCCCGCUAUGAGAAAACGAGACCACUGGAGGCAGGAGCUUCCAGUGGCACCAGCAGCCUGCGAUCACGAUUUGAAAACAUGGCUAAGACAGCAGAGGAGGAGAGAAGGCAGGCGGAGGGGGGCCGGGUAAGGUGGCAAGGCCGGGAGUGCCUGGCAGCUUGGUGGAAAGAAGUCCCACAUCGAGAGAAGGAUCACACAGAGGCAGCCUCUGCCACUGUGCCAGCAAGGAGUGCUGACCAAGACAGACCUGUGUCACAAGAAGAGGUGUCAAGGCAGGAUGAGGAAACAUCACCCACUUUGACACCAAGGCCAGCAGAUCUGAGCGAAGAACUGUGCAAGAACUCCAGCCAGGAUCAGCCAACCUACAGUGAAGGUUUGGAUGCUGGUGGAGACUAUGAGGAGCUGCCAGACCCCUCUGACUACUGUGACAGUACCAGUGGAGGUGCUGACUAUGAGGAGCUGCCAGCCCCCUUGGGAAAGGAUGCCAUCUAUGACCGUGGAGGAGAUGGAGGUGAGGACUAUGAGAACAUCCUUCCUGAGGAGCCCAGCCAGAGCCAGCUGCUUGGUGGGGAAAUGGACGAUGUUUGUGAUGUGGAGAGCCCUGGGACCUGCGCAGUGGCUCUCUAUGAUUACCAAGGAGAUGGUGAUGAUGAGAUUUAUUUUGAUGCUGAUGACAUAAUCACGCACAUCGAGAUGGUAGAUGAAGGCUGGUGGCAGGGGCAGUGCCGGGGCAAAAUAGGCCUCUUUCCAGCAAAUUAUGUGAGGCUUCUCCAGUGAAACCAGCAUUGUCCGAGGAGCUUCUGUCCAAACUUUUGCAUUUCUCUGCUUCAGGCUUUUGCAUGAUAUUGACUUGAUUUGGCUUGGCCUGGCAUGUCUGCAUGCAAGAAAUACAAAGAAACAAACUGGCAGUGUCUGCAGGAAUGUUUCA